AUGGAAAAUACGAGCUCCGAGUUGUCGUCUUCUUCUUCCGCCGGUAUCGAAUUAUCUAGUGACGGAGAGGCCGACAAAACCAAGCCGCCAACAAACGGAUCACAAAGAGAUGUGAUAACACUAGUGUUGCUGCUCACCACAGUGGCAGUUUCUUGUCUUUUGGUAUACAAUUUUUCUGAUAAUCCUCUAAUGGUCUGGAAGAUCAACUGGUUUUCACAAAACCAAACUUCCUUCAAACCUAGAGAACCGGUUACAGAACUUGAAAGAGUACUGAUGAACGCGGCAAUGGAGGACAAGACGGUGAUCAUAACAGCAUUAAACGAGGCAUGGGUUGCUCCAAACUCGAUUUUUGACUUGUUUCUUGAGAGUUUUCGGAUCGGAAAUGGAACAGAAAGGCUUUUGAAACACGUGAUCGGAGUUUGCUUGGACAGCAAGGCAUAUGACCGGUGUUUGCAGCUUCAUCCUCAUUGCUACUUCAUCAACGCCACUGACUCUGACAAACUCUCUCGUGCCAACAACUUCAUGACUUCUGGUUACUUGAAACUCAUUUGGCGGCGAAUGAAUUUUCUAAAAGAUGUUCUUGACCUAGGCUACGACUUUAUCUUCACGGAUGCCGAUAUCUUGUGGUUUCGCGAUCCAUUCCCUCGAUUUUUUCCGGACAUAGAUUUUCAGAUCGCAUGCGACUAUUACAAAGGAAAUUCCUCGGACAAAAGCAAUUGGGUGAACUCCGGAUUCACAUACGUCAAGGCGAACAGCAAAACCAUUAAAUUCUAUAAGUUUUGGUGUGGCUCGAGAUGGAGAUUCGGUGGUAGAAAGCAUGACCAGGACGUGUUCAACCUCAUAAAAGGAGAUCCAUAUGUUGAGAAAAUCGGAAUCAAAAUGAGGUUUUUCGACACUCUUUAUUUCGGAACUUUUUGCCACCCGAGCAAAGACAUCAAUGUAGUCAACACGAUGCAUGCCAAUUGUUGCAAGGGUUUAAACAGCAAAACUAGGUAUCUUAAUGAGAUUCUUGGCGUUUGGAAGAAAUAUUUGUCGGAGACAAAAAUGUUGGGAAAUACGACCAUGGCAGAGUCUAAAUGGAAACGUGGUCAUAGGUGUGGUCGUCAUGUGAGGUAG